AUGAAUAGAAAUACGAAUAAAUUAAAACGAAUAUAUUCAAAAAAUAAUGCUAUAAAAUUAUUAGCAAGAAGACAAUUUCGUAAUGAAAAUGAAAAACGUCGUCGUGAUUUAUCUACACAAUUAAUAACAAAUCUAAAAGAUAUACUUUUCAUUGAAAACACUUCUGAUACAAAUGAAGAAAAUACGAAAUUAGAUAAAGCUUCAGUUUUACGUCAAACUGUGACCUUUUUAGAAAAAUAUCAACAAAAUAUAAAAAAUAAAACAAAAUUAGUUCUACCAAAGUUACAAAAUUCUUCUUCAUCAUCAAAUUCUAUUGUUGAAUUUUCUUGGAAACCACCUUGUGAUAUAACGUCUAUUGAUGAAUGGUUACAACUAGCUAUUGAAUCAAUGCAUUGUUUUUUUCUUGUUAUUAAACUUGAUUUAAAUCUUCAUAAAAUAGUUUAUGUAUCAAAGAAUAUUCAUUCAUAUUUUGGUUAUUCACAAGAUGAACUGAUUAAUCAUUCAUUAUUUGACUUUAUUCUUCCAUCACAUCAUGAUCAAUUACUUGUCUAUCUUCUAAAUAAUCAUCAAGUUUUACAAACAUGUGAUAUAUCAUGGAAACGAGCAGUUGAUAAUGAUUAUGAACAAUGUACAUUGACUGGUGCAUAUCGAACAAUUAAUGAAAAUGAGAAAUAUUUUAUGUCGAUUGUUAAAAUAAAUACAUUAGAUCGAAUGUUAAAGAUGAAUGCUGAUUAUCCAAUAGAAGAAUUUAUCACUUAUUUAAAUACUCAAGGAAAAUUUGUUUAUAUCGAUUCAAAGGCUCGACAAAUGCUUGGUUAUGAUGCAUUUGAAUUAAUUGGACGUACUUAUUUUGAUUUUGUCCAUCCAGAUGAUUUAUCAGUUAUUGUUCGAGCUUAUAAAUUAUGGAAAGAAAAUGGAAAUGAGAAAAGUGAACCAUAUAGAUUUCUAACAAAAGAUGACCAAUGGAUUUUACUUCAAACAUCUUCACAAGCACAUAUUAAUACAUGGACAGGAAAAGUGGAAAGUUAUAUUUGUACAACAUAUAUUAUUCAAUGUCCUAUUGAAAUUGAUUUUAUUUUAAACUCAGCUGAUGUAGUACUACUUCCUUCAAUGAUAACAACAACAACAAUUUCAUCAAUAUUAAAUGAUCAAGAAAGCAAUUCUUCGUCUGCUAAAAAUGAAAUAACUUCAUUUUUAACUCAUCUUCGAGAUGAAACUUAUCGAAAAACUAUCUUUGAAAAACUAACUGAAUGUCGAAGAAUUAAACAAAAUGAAAUUAAUAUUUGUCAAGAAGAAAUUCAAGUUAUUGAUGAGAUUCUUGAAUUUAUUAAUCAAUAUCGUGUCAAACAUUCAAAUAAUCAACUGACUUCAGAUGAAAUGCAAAAUCCGAAUAUAGAAGAUAUUACUUUGAAUAUGUUUGAUACAAAUAGUGAUUUAAGUGUGUUUGAUAAUCCAAUUACCAAUACUACUGAUCAAAACUGUCUUCAGAUAGAUUCAAGAGAUGAUAUGCCAAUGGAUCCAAUAUCAUCUUUAUUUUCUUUAUUUCCAACAAAUCUUUUUUCAGAUGUAUCAAUUAUUAAUGAUCCAGUACAAGAUAUUGAAAUAUUUAGCGUCAACAACAAAUCCAACUAA